UUAACACGACGAGAUAGGUUCCCAACUUACGGUGUACGACGUCGCACACAUGUGUACACGAGUCUGUUUACCCUGCAUACACUCAAGUCUCUGUGUUAAAUGUGACCGAACAACAGUCUGUCGCAAAGACACGUUAUCUCUCUACAUACUUCAAAGGUCAAGGGCUGCGAUCAUUGGCGAGCUACGUCACGUAGGAUGGAAAUCUCACAGGUGUUAAUUUCACUGACUAGAGGAUGACCGAGACGUCGCGACAGCAGCAAAUGAAAUGGAAAGUGAGAGAGAAAGAUCACUUCCGGUAGACCGAGGAUGGGCAUGGGCGGUCCUUGGAGGUUCAGUAUCGACUUACUUCUUCUAUGCCGGGAUAUUUAAGUCGUUUGGUAUCCUCUUUGUGGAGUUUCUGGACAAAUAUCAGGAAAGUGCGGCAGUUACCGCCCUUGUUUCUGGUCUCGAGUCAGCAUGUUUCACGAUAGCUGCGUUGCUGUCCUUAACGUUUGGUCUGCGGUACACAAACUGCCGGACGAUAGUCGUUAUUGGUGGACUGCUCUUGGGCGCAAGUUUUGUGCUCAGCAGCUUUGCGCAGGAUAUCUACUUCCUGUUGGUGUCAUACAGUAUCAUGUUUGGUUUAGGGCAUGGCAUGGUCGCGGGUCCGGUUCUGUGCAUUCUUGGUGAUUACUUCGAUAAAAAGAGAGGCAUCGCAAACGGAGCCGCCAUGUCAGCUUGUAGUGUGGGGGGAUUAUUGAUGGCGCCCUUGUGCCGAGCUUUACUCGACGAGUACGGCCUCCAGGGAACUCUUCUUAUUAUGGGUGGAUUGGUGUUUAAUUGCGUUGUAGGCGGGGCAUUGUUACGACCAAUUGACUUUUUCUCACUUGAAAAAAGAAGAGCGAAAAUGAAAUCUAAUAAACAUAGGAAGAAAAGAAGAGACAAGAGAAGACAAGAGGAAGAAGAAACAAAUGGCAAUAUAUCAAAAAGCUUACCUUUAUUAGAUACAGAUGAACCUUUCAGAGCUAGGUCACCGACGGCUGAUUCUACAUUCUCGCCAUUGGCUCGUAGGGCUAUGCUGAAGAGAAUGCGGUCUCGGACUGAGUCAGAGGUAGCAACACAAGAACCUAUGUUGUCUCCACCGUUGUCCGAACAGACUCAAUCACCAACUCUGCAAACAAAAGCGGUCGAGGAACCAGUAAAACUAGGAAUCGCGCGAUACUUCAGCAACGAAAGUCUCAUAAAUAUAGCAUUUGCGUCUUCAGCCGGCUUCAAGACAUCUCGCGACAGUGUGAGAUCUCGUAAAAAUACAGUUUCGGAGAGUUCAGAAGGUAGUGCUUCUAACGUUAAAGAACAAAAGAGCACAUUUCAAGGAAUAUUUAAUUGUAAAAUAUUUUUGAAUCUAUCAUUUAUCCUCUUCGCUCCUGGUUACUGGUUUGGAAGCAUAGCCGGGUCAUUACCAGUGCUAUAUAUGCCUGCCCACGCGGGGGAAAUAGACGUACAUGGACAGAGGGCAGCACUUCUCCUAUCUAUUUUCGGUGCAUGUGACGCAGUGGGUCGGUUCCUGGCAGGAGUUGUCUCUGACCACUUCCAUAUUAAUCCAAGAUAUUUGAUUAUUUUUGCUUGUGUAAUUAAUGGACUUAUGCAACAAAUGUCGGUGCUCUUUACUGUGUACUGGCAUUUUGUGUUAUAUUCUCUUGUGUAUGGUAUUUUCGCGGGAUUCCUGUACUCUCUGUACGCAGUGAUUGUGUUACAAAUGGUAGGAACUGAGGACUUCCGAAGUACAAUAACAGUUCUCAUGAUUGGACAAGGAAUUGGAUUUAGUAUAUCCAACCCCCUAAUCGGAGCACUGAAGGAUAACUACGGUUCCUACGACGCCUCCAUGCAUUACACAGGGACAUGCGCAUUGUUGGCAGCUAUUCUGUUUAGUAUAGAAGCAGUUAUUCAUAAACAUAAAUCAUCUAAACCAACAGUACCGGAUAUAGAAUUGUCACCAGGAUGAUCCCACGUGUAAACUUGGUGUGCAAUGAUAUCAACAUAUUCCGGAAGUGAGUUCGGAACACCAACGUCAAAGACUUUCCUACCACGUUGCUAUAAUCAGACUUGAUUAAGGACACCACUGUGGAAAAUACAUACUGAGACAGUGACCUCCCAAAUUACAUAUGUAUCUAGAACACAAUAGAUGUUACCAGGACAUAUGUAUCUAGAACACAAUAGAUGUUACCAUUGUCAUCUCUGAAAUCUGAAUCAACAACAACCAUUAUUAUCGUGUACAAAGAAAUAUAUAGUUAUCUCCGUCCUAUAUACCUUAGCAUGAUACUAUCAUAAUGAUGACAACGUAAUUAAUACAUUCUUCCCCUACCUUGAGGAUGUACAGAGAAAUUUCAGGAUUUCUCUGUCACGUCCUCAAGGAGAGAAAAGGUUAUCUCAUGGUCAUGCAGCUUUAUGACAACACCAAAAACGAUCCAGUGUAUUUUUGUUAAAUAUUCUAGUUUUAUAUCAAAAACAUAAUAUGUAAUUUACCGGAUGUACAUAUGUCAGCCUAAGAAGAAGAAUCCGAUUCUAAGGAUUCAGAUCCAUCUUGUCCCACUCCCAAGGAGUGAAUGAUUAUGUUUACCUGAUCCUGUUUCCAUUCCUAAAAAUUCAAUAUUUGAAAAAUACGCAUGUAUCACAAUAGUGACGUGACGUUAUGGAAUUAUCAAUACGACGUGAUUAUAGUGUUGCCUUGACCUCAUGACAUGGUUACCGAGUAUUCGUUGUACUGUUGCCUUGACGUCAUGACAUGGUUACCGUGUCUUCAAUUAAUUGUUGCCUUGACGUCAUGACAUGGUUACCGUGUCUUCAUUGUAUUGUUGCCUUGACGUCACGACAUGGCUACCGUGUCUUCAUUGUACUGUUGUCUUGACGUCAUGACAAUGCUACCGUGUCUUCAUUGUACUGUUCCCUUGACGUCAUGACAAGGCUACCGUGUCUUCAUUGUACUGUUGUCUUGACGUCAUGACAUGGUUACCGUGACUUCAUUGUACUGCUGCCUUGACGUCAUGACAUGGUUACCGUGUCUUCAUAUAAAGUAUAUUAUUGUGUAUUUCAUUAUAAUUUUAAAUUUCGAUCUCGGAUUAACACUGGAAAUAGUAGUAGUAUAUUUCAAUGUCCGGUGAUGUUACAGAAUAAUCCCAUAAUAAAACAAUCCAACGCUUAUGUAAGGGAAAAACUCGAUGAGAAGACAACGAACUUUAUAUUUGUGAGAAAAAAAUAUUUAUUUAUGUUUUAUCUUGAAUUAAAAUGAAAUGUGCCAUAAACGUU